AUGUUCCCUCAUCGAGCUUCGGAAGGCGACCGAACCACGCUUCCGCCUAUCUCAUCACUUUCGUCGCACGAAUCCGCCGACACUGGCAGAGCAGAACCACACGCCAGAGAGACUGGACCACGAUUCCCUAUGCGUGCCGACGGAGCUGUGCGAGAGAGACCGCCUCCCCCUGCUUCCGAACACCGUCAAACACCUCCAACCGGUCUCCUUCAGCGUCCACCGCAGCAGCAGCAGCAGCAGCAGCAGCAGCAACGCGAAAUGGAACCUCUUCGAGCGGGGGCUUACCCACGUCUUGACGAUGAGCCAUACGGUCCGCGUCCCAACUCCAGAAUGCAACAUCACGUUCCACCGCCGCCGCCAUUCCACCGCGAUCUGGAGCGUGGCACUCCUCCGACAGACGAAGGUGCUUGGCGCUCCUACGAUCGACCCGAUCCACGCUUCGGUGCCAAGGACCCUUAUAGCCCAAACAUGCAGCCCGCGCCUUAUGGCUCUCGAGACGAUGCCAGAUCUGCACCCUGGCAACGGCCCUCAGACGACCCACACCGUCCUCGCAUGCAGGCUACCCCCGUCGGAAUGCGGGACGACGGUUCUUGGAGGCCUGGCGCAGCCUCGCGAGACCGACCCGAUCUCCACCCCGACGCCUUCGCUCACGAACGUCCAAGGGAAGAAGAUAGGUGGCAUGGCGAGCGACCACCAAGACCCAUGUAUCCUUACGAGAAUGGCCCUGGUUUUGCUGGCGUGCCACCGUAUCCACACGACGCUCGCAGUGCAGGGCGAACGCUGGAUGCCGAUCCGGCUGAAGCCAGCCGGCGCAUUCGACGACGUGCGACGACAAGCUUGAUGGAAGAGGAGCAAAUGGCCCCACGCCACCCACCGGCCGGCGCACGCCCCUACCGCCCUGAAACCUACAGCCCUCCCGAGUUGAGGAGCCACAGCGCCGAUCCGAACCGACCGCCAUCACGACCAGGGAUGAUGGUAGGCAUGGAGCCACCUCGACCUUCUUCGACGCUCGGUGUGAUGCCAGGUGCAUCUGCUGCUGCUGCCGUCUCCUCUGCCGGUGCGCCUCCCGCUUCUACCACCACCAACACGGUCAACGCCAACCGAAGAGUCGCGCAUCUGCUUUCGGAGCAAAAGCGUCGCGAGUCGAUCAACACUGGUUUUGAGGAACUACGACAGGCGAUACCUGCUUGUCGAGACGGGCAGGACAGCAAGGCUACCAUUCUCAAACGUGCUCUCGAGUACAUUCGUGAGCUGGAAAGUGUGGUGGAGCGUCAGCAUCGUCCGUCGCUCGAGGGCCAUGUGUUUGGCGGUGGAUACAGCAACCGGAGCCCGCCUGACGACAAGGACGAUGUCCGUCGCUUUGGCCGCCCUGGCGGGGACGAGGAUCGACGCGGUGCUAGCGGUGGGAGGCAACUGACCGGUGGAAGCAGCAGCAGCAGCGGCAGUGAUGCCGGAAACGCUCCUAGAAUUGGUGGCCUGCCCUCCACAGCCUUCACCAGUGCUCCUCACGUCUAUGGGGCAGCAUCCACUUCGGCCUCGGCCCCCCACCGCAUGCGAGAAUACCGAGACUAUGGCUCACCUCACCUUUCGCCGCCCAACGUCGACGGAGAACAGGCAGAGGUGAAUGCUCGUGCCGUCAACGGAUGCGAUGAUGUCCGAGGUCCAAGCGCGGCCAAGCGCUGGGCAGACGACUCGGACGACGAUCAACGCUCGCCUUCGCGCCGGCGCGUCUCGGAUAGUGACAAGGACGGCGUCAUGCAUCAUGCCCCGGCGGGAGCACACUAUCUAAUCGCUCGCCCCCCGCCAGUCGCCCAUUCUCGAUCACCACUGCAGCGCUCGCCCAAGCUGGAGCCUCCGCCGCGGGAUUGGCAGGCCCGGCUGAAAAGCAAGUCGCUGGUCGACUCUGCCGUGCGAGUGUGA